AUGAGGCCCCUGCUCAGCGGAUUCCAAGCCCUGAUGGGAUCUUCCGCUUCAGAUCAAUCCUCGCCAGCAGGCAGCAUCUCGAAGCUGGUCAUCCUCUCCUAUGUCCUGGACUGGAUAGUCAUCUUGUUGAUGGCCGCGCUUGGCCGCAUAUUUGCAAUUGCACACCCAAAUAGGCACUCGUUCAGCCUCCGAGAUCCCAACAUAUCAUAUUCCUUUGCCGCCAAGGAGACCGUCACAGUAGAAGAGCUUAUACUGAUCAGCUUUGUUGCGCCUCUUGUCUUAAUUGCGCUGUUCAGUCUCCUCCUUAUACCCGGCCGAGCGGCCGCUGCAGGCGCACCCAGCUCCCUGGUAUGGCGACGGAAGCUCUGGGAGUGGAAUGCGGGUUGGAUGGGCUUUGGAGUAGCGUAUGCCUGCACUUAUGCUGCGACAGAAGGGAUGAAAGUGCUCUUCGGAAAGCCCCGGCCGGAUAUGCUGAGUAGAUGUGACCCGGACCUAGCUAAUAUUGCCAAACACGUCGUCAGCGGGCUGGGACAGAGGCUCGAGGGAGCGCCGGUGAUGGUUUCUUGGACGAUCUGCCGCAAUAUGUCGAGGGCGCUGCAACGUGACGGUUUCGUCAGCUUUCCGAGCGGCCAUUCGUCCUGCUCAUUUGCUGGCCUGGUCUACCUGACGCUCUGGGUGUGCUCAAAACUUUUCGUUGCCUUCCCCAACAUAUCACCAACCCUCUUCACUCGACACAUCCGCGUUUCCUCUUUCCAUCAUCACCCAGAUGAUGAAGAGCCCAACCACACACAGUCAUCCUCGGAUGAAAUCCCGCUACGCGAGCAGGGAGCUGCACCGCCAACGUACCUCCUCCUUAUAGCCGCCGUCCCUAUCUGUACAGCAAUGUUCAUCGCCAGCAGUAGAUGGGUGGACAACAGGCAUUUUGGAUUCGAUAUCAUAUUUGGUGCUCUGCUUGGCACACUGUUUGCUUGGAUCGGAUUCAGUCUUUACCACCUCCCUCUCGCAUCAGGUGCCGGUUGGGCAUGGGGUCCAAGGAGUAAGCGUUUCGCCUUCUUCGCGGGAGUCGGCUACCCGACUUACGGAUGCGCUAUGGACAAGCACGAGCAUGAGCACGCAAGGCCGUCUUUGCCCAGUGAUACCGCCUAA